AUGGCGUCUCAGGAACCUAGGACAUACGCUCCCGUCCUUUUCCUUUUUCUGAGCCAUGGCGUGGCAAGUCUCGGUGCAAAUUCCAGCCAGGAUUUGCAUCCAUUGCUGCAAAAAAUGGCAGAAGAAAUAAUAGAUGGGAACUAUCUGAAUGCGUUCCUGGAUCUCAUACAGUUUCAAAGCUCCCACCUGUGGACGGCGGACCUGUCCCACGGAGUCCUGGCCUACCUGCACGCACGGAACGUGGCCUUCACCAUCCCCAGCCUGCAGGCGGCCGUGGAGCACCACCUGGAGCAGCGGCUGUACCAGCCCCAAAAGCUGCGGGAGGACCUGCGGGGAGCCGACGCCGGACAGUUCCGCACCGCCAUGCAGUGCCUCGGGGAAGACAAGAAGGACCGCUGGGAGCUGGAAGGCAUCGUCAUCGACGUGGGGGAGAUUCGGAAACAAGCCUUGCAGAGCCCGGGCGUGAACCGCAGCCUGCUUCUCAUCACGCUGGAGCGGUGCUUCCAGGAGCUGAGCUCCCUGGAGUGCGUGGCAGUCCUGGGCAAGGUGCUGCGGGGGUCCCCGGGCCGCUUCCUGCAGCCCGGCCUCCCAGCGAGGCUGCCCGCGGGCCUGCGCGAGGACGCCUUCAGGAACCUGGAAGGAGGUCCUGCCAUCAAGCCCCACCACAGUGCAAGGCUCUUACUCACUCAUUCACUUACGAACCCAUUCAUUUAUUUGCUUGCAGAUGGGUCUGCUUCAUGGGUCAGCGCAGAAACCUUAUGGAUUUUGGGCAGAUACAUGGUUCACCUACCCCUUGAAGAAAUUACGAAAAUCAGUCCCAUGGAAAUCGGGCUGUUCAUCAGCUAUGACAACGCCACCAAGCAGCUGGACACCGUCUAUGACAUCACGCCGGAGCUGGCCCAGGCGUUCCUGGAGCGGAUCGGCUCCUCCGACUUUGACAUGAGGAACGCCUCCACCGUCCACAGGCUGGGGCUGCUCGUCUGUUUCUAUGGAGACCUGGAGCUGCUGGACGCCGCCCUGGCCCGAGUCCUCCUCCACCAGAUGAUCAAGUGCAGCCGUCUCCGGGGCUUCCAGGCUGGUGUCCAGAAGCUCAAGGCCGACCUCCUGGACAUUGCCACGGGGAACCAGACGCUCAACGAGACCCUGGGCUCCUUGUCGGAUGCGAUCGUGGGCCUGACCCUCCGUCAGCUGGAGUCCCUGUCCCCCGAGGCUGUGCAUGGCGCCAUCGCUACCCUCAGCCAGGUGUCGGGAUGGGCCAGGAGCCAGGUGAUCAUCUUGUCCGCCAAGUACUUGGCCCAUGAGAAGGCCGAUGCUCUACCCACUGAGCCACCAGCCAGGCCUCUGAACUCUUCAACGCCCGGCACCCAAGGGGCCCUGGCGCAGGUGCUGAGAAGCGCCAGUUCCCUGCACGUGUCCAGUCUGUCGCCGGCCCAGCAGCACGGCAUCCUCAGCAAGGUGGCCGGAGCCGGAGGCGGCGCCCCGGGUGCCGUGGACGUCCCGGGGGCUUUCUUUAAGGAAGUGUCUCUCUUCGAUUUAAGGAGGGAACUCGGACUCAACUCCACUGUCCUACAGGAGAAGGAGCUGCGGAGGAGUCAGGCCUUGUUCCUGUAUGAGCUGCUGUCCCAGACCAGCAGGCCUGCCGAGCUCCUGAGUGCAGGGCAGCUGGUCAAAGGCGUGGCGUGCUCCCACAUCGACGCCAUGGGCGCCGACUCCUUCCUGGCCCACUUCCAGUAUUUUGAGAACAACCUCUCUCUGCUUUCACCGUAUCAGGUUAAUUGUUUGGCGUGGAAAGCCUGGGAGGUUUCCAGGUCCCUUACGCAGCCCUUCCUCUUGGCUGCGCUCCCGGCUCGCUACCUGGCGGCCGUGCCAGCCUCCCGAUGUGCGCCCCUUCUGAUCGGCCUGGGGAAGAUCCGGUUGGACUCCUUGGUGUUAGAUCCCCACAAGAGGACUCUGGUCCUCCGGAAAGUGCAGCAGUGCCUGAACAACUCCAUUGCCGACGAGUACACCGUGGACAUCGUGGGCAACCUGCUCUGCCACUUGCCGGCGGCCAUCAUCCAGCACGGAGUAUCCCCCAGGGCCUGGGCCACGGCCCUGCACGGCCUCAGAGCCUGCCCAGAGCUGAUCCCCGAGCAGAGGGCUGCGGUGAGGCUGCGGCUGCUGGAGCAGCACGGACCCCCUCAGAACUGGACGGCCGAGACGACGAAGGACUUGGGACCCUUCCUAGUACUUUUCUCAGGAGAUGAAUUAAGCUCUGUUGCCGCAAAGUUUCCUGAUAUCCUUCAGCAAGCAGCUUCCAAGAUGGUCGGGAUCUUGCUCCCCAAAGAAUUCCUCUGGGCUGUCUUUGAAUCUGUUCGGAACAGCAGUGAGAGGGGCCCUGGCGCUGCCCCCAGCCCUGGUUGCCAUGGAGUUGAGGCUCCCUCUUCCGAGGACAUCUUCAAGUUGGCCGAAGCCAAUGCCUGCUGGGCCCCCCAGGACCUGCGCUGCCUGGAGGAAGCCACGUUCCUCAGGAGCGUGGAGCUUCUGGGGGCCGUUCGGGGCUUCCUCCGGCCUCAGCUGACCGCCCUAAAGGAGAAGGCGAUCCAGGUCUGGGACACGCCUGCUUACUGGAGAGAACACCAUGUCGUCUCGCUGGGCCGCAUUGCUCUGGCUCUUAACGAGAGUGAGCUGGAGCAGCUGGACCUCCGCUCCAUCGACACCGUGGCUUCCCUGAGCCAGCAGUCAGAAUGGACCCCCGGACAGGCUAAAUCCAUCCUGCAAGGGUUCCUGGAGGACUCAGGCUACCGCAUCCAGGACCUGAAAAGCUUCCACUUAGUAGGACUUGGCACAACUCUGUGUGCCAUGAAUGUCACCGAAAUCUCACUUAUACAGAUCUCAGAAUUCAGGUUGGUGGUGGCCAGAAUCGGGACCCUGCCCUGCAGCACCCAUGUCUUGGCCGAGUUCAAGAGGAAGGCAGAAGUUGUGUUUGGGGAUCCCACCAAGUGGUCCAGCUCUGACUUGCAGGAACUCGGAACUAUUGCCGCGGGAUUAACGAAGGAAGAGCUCCGGGUGCUCGACAAGGAUUUGAUGCCGUAUUUCCAACCAUCAGCAAUCAGAUGCCUUCCUGCUGAGAUAUUCAAAGAGCUCUCCGCCCAGCAGAUCGCCGCCCUGGGCCCCGAGCUGCAGAGCCUCCAGCGGGCGCUAGAUGGCGCCAAGACGCGCCCCUGGCUGGAUGCUCCCCCCAGCGCAAGCCCCAGCCAGACGCCCUCCUCCCCUUCUCACCCAG